AUGCCUACAAACAAAGACCUAGCCGGCAAAGUCGCAAUAAGCUCCAGCCGCGGCAUCGGCGCCGCAAUAGCCCUCAAAUUCGCCCAACGCGGAGCAGACAUCGCCAUAAACUACGUCUCUAAUGCCACAGCAGCCAAGUCUGUCGUCAAGGAAAUCCGUGCUCUAGGCGUGCGCGCCCUCGCCUUCAAAGCCGACGUCUCAAAGGAAGAAGAGGUGAAAACCAUGUUCGAGACUGUGCAUCGCGAAUUCGGUCGCAUCGACAUCGCAGUCAGUAACUCGGGUAUCGAGCAUUUCGGUGAUCUGUCCGAGGUUACGGGAAGCGAUAUUGAUGCCGUCUUUGCGGUUAAUGUUAAGGGACAAUAUUUCGUUGCCCAGCAGGCUUAUCGUUUCAUGGAGGAUUACGGGCGCAUUAUGUUGACUUCGUCGAUUUCGGCUGUUAAGGGCGUCCCUCGUCAUGCUGUCUACGCAGCAUCUAAAGCGGCUGUACAGGGUAUGACCAAGUGUCUUGCGAUGGACUUUGGUCCGCGAAAUAUCACUGUCAACUGCAUUGCUGCUGGCGGUGUUAAGACUGAUAUGUAUGCUGAAAUGUCGGCGAAGUAUAUCCCCGGUGGCGAUAAGAUGAAUCCGCAGCAGAUCGAUGAGGCUUUGAGCAAGUGGUCGCCGCUGGGUCGGCCUGGAGAAGUUGAAGAUGUUGCUGGAGUUGCGUCUUUGAUUGCUAGUCCUGAGUCGCAGUGGUUGACUGGACAGACUUGGCAGGUCUCUGGUGGUGCUUAUAUGGCGUAG